AUGCUUGGACCUCCAGCCGAGUUUCUCAUUUCUUUUGGUGCGCGCUUUGUUCCUUGCAUGCGCUCUGUUCCGGGUCUGCCGCCGACCAACAUGAUUCCUUGCUUGAAAGAAUCGACGUCAUCACAACAAAAGUUUAUGAAGGACCAAAUGUGUUCCCUUGCACAUAUUUGUGGGCUUGAUGAUCCGAAAAAUCCUGAUCAAGGUUAUCGCUUUGUCUCGGCCAUCUUUGUACACGCUGGUAUCGUGCACAUUCUUUUCAACCUUAUAGUGCUCUUAACGCUAUGCUGCCAGAUUGAAAAGCUUAUUGGGACUAUUGCAUAUGCGAUUGUGUUUAUGGCCGGUGGUAUUGGUGGAAAUCUUUUGGGCGGCAACUUCGGCUUGAUUGGGCAACCAGCGCUCGGUGCCUCUGGUGCAGUCUAUACAUGCAUCAGUUUCGAGAUGAUCGAUCUGAUUUACAAUUGGAAGUAUGAGAUAAAGCCCAAGACUCGACUAACAGUGUCAAUCAUUUUUGCGGUUCUUGGCCUGGCCCUAGGACUACUGCCAGGGCUCGACAACUUCUCCCACAUCGGUGGAUUCUGUGUGGGAAUUCUUGGUGGCAUGGUGUUCGCACCGUCAAUCCACUCAACAAAAACACAUAUGUUUAUCAACUGGCUAUGCCGCUUGAUCGGCAUGGGUUUGUUAAUUGCUUUCAUUGUGGCGCUAGUGUUGAACUUUUACCGCAAUGAUGACCCGGCUACUGCAUGCAAAUGGUGUCGAUAUCUGUCAUGCUUGCCGAUGUUUGACGCCUGUCGUGGCUAUGGUACGUAUUAUGAAUUGGGGACGUACGCUUACUCACACCUCAGGUAUAUCAACUACGACUUCAGAUGGCGAUUCUACAACGAAUUAGCCACGAAGAAACGCUUACCAUCAUCACACUACCUUUCUACAUCUCCGUUUCUCUCUCCCUUGUUUUGUGACCUUCUGGGUAUCUUGUCUGUAUGA